GGUUGUUUAAAGAGAAAGUGGAAGAAGAGCCGAACAAGAGGAGAUUUUCUUUGCUUCUUCAGUAUGGCUGCUGCCGCUGUAAAGGCGAAUUCAAAACUCUGCUUACUUGUGCAUUUAAUUAUUUUUGCCUGGUAUGUGUUCACCCUGAGGGCGAACUGCUCGUUAGAGAUUUCAAGCAGACAUCCCGGUGCUCGAUCAUACGGGGGUCGGUGGAAGUAUUUAACCUUUAUCAAUCUGGUGAUGCAGACAGGGUUUUUUGGCUUUUGUGUUUUAACGGAUUUAAUACACACUGUGCUGCCAAGCAAGAGCACCCGCAGCGGGAUUCCAGUGUUCCUUAUAACGCUGCGAGAUGGUGUUUUCACAGUUUUGGCUUUUCCUGUGGGCACAUUUGUGUUUUCUUCGUUCUGGUCCCUCUACACCUACGACCGUGAGCUGGUGUACCCAAAGUAUUUAGACGAAAUCAUUCCUCUUUGGCUUAAUCAUGCUAUGCACACUGUGAUCAUGCCCUUGCUUUUGGCCCAGAUGUACCUUCAACAUCACAAACAUCCCAGUCGCAUCAAUGGCAUUCUCGGCUUGGCUCUGUUUGCUUCGCUCUAUCUGGCAUGGGUCUUAUGGGUCCGUCAUGUUUCGGGGCACUGGGUAUACCCCAUCAUGGCUCACCUCAGUCCCGUAGGCUUGGUUCUGUUCCUGGGUGCUGCUUCUCUCAGCAUGGCUCCCCUUUACCUGCUGGGAGAAAAGCUCAACCGUGUGAUCUGGAGUACAACAGGGAAUCAGAAGAAAAAGAAAUAAGUGACCACAAGAAUCCAAGUUGACCAUUGGCAGGUUGAAGCCAGACCACAUUUUUUUACCGGAGUGAAGAACGAUGUAGCACUUGUAGUUUACUCUGGAAGGGGCUCAGGUAUUCCUAUGGCAGAAGCUUAAUUUACAAAUUAGGUUUUAUACAGAUGAUUCACUGACUUUGUGAUGACUGAGAUAAUUUGCACUCAAUAACACAAUUAUACUAUAUUUAAUAUACUACAGUGUGCUUUUUUAAGAACUUUAAAAUUCCAUAUGCUGUAUUAUCCCAGAAUGCUGUAUUUUUGAUUAAGGACCAGUCCUUUGCGUGUUAAUGUUUUUGUGCUUGAAUUCAUAACAUGAUGAUUUUUAGGAAUCUAUGCUGGAUUACUUGAGAUAAAAGAAAUGUGAUUUUAUUAAAACAUGCUGAAUGCUC